UUAAAAUAUAAAAAAAAUGGCGUCUAUUGCACAGUCCAAGCUGAAGAACGUCAAGUCUACUGCCAAGAAUGUAGUUGAAAAGUACAGGGAGGUAUUUUCUUCCUUAUUAGAUGAGUGCAAGGAAGGGAAUGACCUGAGGGCAGCUUUGGAGGUCUUCGUCAAUGCUGCACUGGACGAGAGUUUGGGAAUUGUGUCAUCUAAGGCAGUCAUGACAUUUUUCUGUGAGAAGAUCCCUGAGCUAGAGAAAAGUGUGGCUAAACCCAUGUGCCUGUUCACUCUCUCCAAAAUGCAAUCCAGAAGUGUCUCCUUUGAGGAACAGGCCACUCAAGUAAGACUGUCACUGUCAAAGAUUUUAGAAGCUGAGCAGAAUUGGACGGAAAGUGCUGAACUGCUGUGUGCAAUUCCUAUGGACUCCGGGCAAAAAAUAUACCCUUCGGACUUCAAGAUGGAAGUGUACCUAAGGAUAGCUCAGCUGUAUUUGGAAGAGCAGAAUCACGUAGCUGCUGAGGCUUACAUCAACAGAGCAGCUUUGCUGCAGUCAGAGGUGGACAGAAACGACCUGCACAUUAUUUACAAGGUUUGCUGUGCAAGAAUGGCCGAUUUCAGACGUAAGUUCAACGAUGCUGCUCGGCGCUACAUCCAUUUGUCUUAUGAGCCUGCCAUUCACCCCAGUGAGAGGCUGCAGUCACUGCGCUGUGCCUCUGUAUGUGCCAUACUCUCCCAAGCAGGUCAGCAGAGAUCAAAGCAACUUUCCACCCUGUACAAAGAUGAACGAUGUCAACAACUACCAGCUUUCAACAUUCUGGAAAAAAUGUAUCUGGAGAGGAUAAUUCGACUAAAUGAGUUAGAAGAGUUCUCAGUGUUGCUAGCUAGCCAUCAAAAAGCAACCACUGCUGAUGGUUCUAGUAUUCUGGAUCAAGCUGUUAUAGAACACAAUAUUCUGUCUGCCAGCAAGCUGUACAAUAACAUUACGUUCGAGGAACUAGGUAGACUAUUGGCCAUUCCUCCAGCUAAGGCUGAGAAAGUUUCGGCUAGGAUGAUUGCUGAGAGACGAAUGAAUGGAACUAUUGAUCAAAUUGACGGCAUAGUUUAUUUUAAAAAGCAAGAGGUUCUUCCCUCGUGGGACAACAAGAUACACAGUGUAUGCUGCUUAGUUAACUCCAUAGUGGACAAGAUCAAUCACCACCACUCCUCGUGGGUGGCAUCCUCUCUGGAUCAGCAGAUGUCUCUCUGAAACUACAUAGUGUGCAGAACAAUACAUGUACAUACCUGUAACUGAGUUUUGAGAUUGUUUAACUGUGUAAGUUAAUUUAUUUUAGAGCAUCAUCUAAUUAAUUUUUGGGCUUAAUGAUUUGUGCCCUAUUCGAA